AUGAGCCAGCUUGGCCUAUCGGUGACACGCCAAACGUUUCAUGCUGCCAGUAUCCGAGGAGCCCUCAUGGGUGCCUUCUUCAUUCUGAGCUGCUGCGGGCUCUCUGAUUUCCAGAAGAGUUUUCUUCAAGAUCAGGAACUCAAGGAGGCAUCCUCUAACUUUGGGCACCAUGCUGCUGCAUUCACAGGCCGUCCUUCCUCUCUCCUGCAGAGACUGAGAUGGAGAAGGACUUUGCGGGGCAUUCUGCACCUGGAACUGCUGGUAGCUGUGGGUCCCGACGUCUACCAGGCUCACCAGGAGGACACAGAACGCUAUGUGCUCACCAACCUCAAUAUUGGGUCAGAGCUCCUGAGGGACCCAUCCCUGGGGGCUCAGUUCCAGGUGCACCUGGUGAAGCUGAUCAUUCUCUCUGACUCGGAGAGUACUCCAAAUAUCACGACCAACAUCACCUCAUCCCUGAUGAGUGUUUGUGAGUGGAGCCAGGCAAUCAACCCCCACGAUGACCAGGAUCCAAGUCAUGCUGACCUGAUUCUCUAUAUAACCAGGUUUGACCUGGAGUUGCCUGAUGGUAACAAGCAGGUUCGGGGGGUCACCCAGCUGGGAGGUGCCUGCUCCCCGUCCUGGAGCUGCCUCAUCACUGAGGACACUGGCUUCGACCUAGGGAUCACCAUUGCUCAUGAGAUUGGGCACAGCUUCGGCCUGUAUCACGAUGGUACUCCAGGAACUGGCAGCACCUGUGAGGCCAGUGGUCAUGUGAUGGCGUCUGAUGGCGCAAUGCCUGCUGGAGGGGCCCUAGAGUGGUCUGCCUGUAGCCAAAGGCAGCUGCGGCACCUGCUCAGCACAGGGCGAAUGCACUGCUUCCGGGACCCGCCUGGGAUGCAGUCAGGACCUUCACAGCACCAGCUUGUGGCACAGCCUGGCCUCUACUACAGUGCAGAUGAUCAGUGCCGCGUGGCUUUUGGCUCUGGGGCUGUCGCCUGCACCUUCUCCAGAGAGGGUCUGGAUGUAUGCCAGGCUCUAUCCUGCCACACAGACCCGCUGGACCACAGCAGCUGCAGCCGACUCCUUGUUCCUCUCCUGGAUGGGACAGAAUGCGGUGUGGAGAAGUGGUGCUCCAAGGCUCGCUGCCGCUCCCUAGCCGAGCUAACCCCUGUGGCAGCAGUACAUGGACACUGGUCUAGCUGGGGGCCCUAUAAUCCUUGUUCUCGUUCCUGUGGAGGAGGUGUGGUCACCAGGAGACGGUGGUGCAACAAUCCCAGGCCUGCCUUUGGGGGACGUCCAUGUGUGGGUGAGGACCUCCAGGCUACGAUGUGCAACACACAGGCUUGUGAGAAGACUCAGCUGGAGUUCAUGUCCGAGCAGUGUGCCCAGACUGACAGCCAGCCACUGCACCUUCCCCAAGGCAGUGCCUCCUUCUACCACUGGGACGCCGCUGUGCGGUAUAGUCAAGGGGACACUCUGUGCAGACACAUGUGCUGGGCUGUUGGAGAGAACUUCAUUGUGAGCCGUGGAGACAGUUUCCUAGAUGGGACCCGUUGUGUGCCAAGUGGUCCUCGGGAAGAUGGGACCCUGAGUCUGUGUGUAUUGGGCAGCUGCAGGACCUUUGGCUGUGAUGGCAGGAUGGACUCCCAGAAGGUUUGGGAUGCGUGCCAGGUAUGCGGAGGAGACAACAGCACAUGCAGUCCACAGAAUGGCUCUUUCACGGCUGGGAGAGCCAGAGAAUAUGUCACGUUCCUGACAGUCACUCCCAACAUGACCAGCGUACGCAUCGUGAACCGCAGGCCUCUCUUCACACACUUGGCGGUGAGGACCAAGGGGCACUACAUUGUGGCAGGGAAGACCAGCAUCUCACCUAGCAUCAUAUACCCUUCCCUUCUGGAGGACUUCCGCGUGGAAUACAGAGUGACCCUCACUGAGGACUGGCUGCCCCACUUAGAGGAGAUUCACAUCCGGGGACCUGUCCGGGACGAUGUGGAGAUCCAGGUGUACAGACGAUACAGAGGGGACUAUGGGGAUCUCACACACCCAGACAUCACCUUUACCUACUUUGAACCGAAGCAGCAGGCCACUUGGGUGUGGACUGCUGUGCAUGGAGCGUGCUCAGUGAGCUGUGGGGCAGGGCUGCGCUGGGUGACCUACAGCUGCCAAGAUCAAGCUCAAAACAAGGGGGUGAAUAGCUCCCUGUGCCAAGGGAGCCCACAGCCACCUGCAUGGCAAGAGCCCUGUGUCCCUGCCCCCUGCCCUCCAUAUUGGAUUACUGGAGACUUCAGCCCAUGUAGCGUGUCCUGUGGCGGGGGUCUUCAGGAGCGGCUAGUGCACUGUGUGGAGGCCCAAGAUGGUUUCUUAAGGACGCUGCCACCAGCCCGGUGCAAAGCAGUAGCCCAGAAGCCAGCCCCAGAGGUGGAAAGUUGCAACUCCCAGCCAUGUCCUACCAGACCAGAGGUAUCAGGCCCUGACCCUUGCAUACCCACCUGUGAAGAUCUGGCCUCAAGAAAUGUGACAUAUGUGCCCAGAGUGGGUGACUUGCAGGACGCAGCCACUGCAGGUCCCUGUCUCACAGAUGAGACUGCACCUACGCUGGAGCCCUGUUUCAGGACCACAUGUUCUCCAGGUUGGGGCCAGCUGGACACUGUGUCUCUAGGAGAGGAGGCUCCAACCGCUGCGGGCAGUGACAAGCCAGGAGCUCAGGCAGUGCAUGUGUGGACUCCUGUGAUGGGGCUGUGUUCCACCUCUUGUGGGCGAGGUCUGAUGGAGCUGCAUUUCCUAUGCAUGGAUUCUGUCCUCAAGAUGCCUGUCCAGGAAGAGCUAUGUGACUUGGCCAGCAAGCCUUCGAGUCGGUGGGAGGUCUGCCAGGCUGGCCCAUGUCCUGCUAGGUGGGAGGUGCAAGUUGUGGUACCAUGCCCAGUGACCUGUGGAGGGGGAUGGGUGCCAGUGGCUGUUCAUUGUAUGCAGCUGGACCAUGGCCACCCUGUAUCUCUACCUCACUCAAAGUGCUAGCCAGUAUGUAGGCCAUCCCCCUUCAAGGACUGCAACCCUGAGCCCUGCCCAGCUGUCAUUGGGGUCAUUGGAGUCUGCUUUUCCUGCAGAUGGAAAAUCCUGUCCCUUGGCCCAUGCUCAGCCAGCUGCGGCAUUGGCACUGCCACACGAAUGAUGGCUUGCAUGUGGCUUGACCAAGGCCAUGACAGUGAGGUGGAUGAAGCUUUUUGUAAGGCUCUGGUGCGGCCCCAGGCCAGAGUCCCCUGCCUCAUUACUGACUGUGCCUACCGGUGGCACAUCAGCACCUGGACAGAGUGCUCCGUCUCCUGUGGGGAUGGCAUCCAGCGCCGGCAUGAAACCUGCCUUGGACCCCAGGCCCAAGUGCCUGUGCCAGCCAGCUUCUGCCAGCACCUACCCAAGCCAGUGACAGUGAGGGGCUGCUGGGCUGGACCCUGCGCAGGGCAGGAGACCCCCAGCUCACUGGCCCAUAAGGAAGCUACUCUUCCCAGCCAGACGCAGGCUGCUGUUACUGUUGCUUCUCUGGAGUGGUCCCAGACCCAAACCCAAGGCCACACCCUCUUUCCAGUCUCCCAGUCUCUGGGGAUCCAGGAAAACCUGGAAGAGUAUGGUGCCUGUGGAAGGCAGUACCUGGAACCCACGGGAACAAUUGACAUGCGAGGUCAAGGGCAGGUAGACUGUGUGGUGGCCAUUGGGCGGCCUCUGGGUGAAGUGGUGACCGUCCAAAUCCUCGAGAGCACCCUCAAGUGUAGUGCAGGGGAGCUGUUGCUGCUUUGGGGUAGGUUCACAUGGAGGAAGAUAUGCUGGAAGAUAUCUGGCAUGACUUUCAGCACCAAAACCAACACAUUGGUGGUGAGGCAACAUCGUGUGCAGCAAGGACGGGGAGUGCAGCUACGGUAUUGGAGCCGACCUGCCCCAGGGGCCUUCUACAGAGAAUGUGACAGGCAGCUCUUUGGACCUCGGGGUGAAAUUGUGAGCCCCCAACGGAGCCCAGAUGGGAGGAAUACAAGGAGCUGCCGGCUCUUCAUCAGUGUGGCCCCACAGGCCCGCAUUGCCAUCCGUGCCCUGGCCAGUGACAUGGGCACUGCCUCUGAGAGGAUCAAUGCCAACUAUGUCUCGAUCAGAGAUAUCCACAGCCUGAGGACCACAACAUUUUGGGGGCAGCAGGCACUCUUCUGGGAGUCGGAAAGCAGCGAGGCUGAACUGGAGUUUAGCCCUGGUUUCCUGGAGGCUCAUGCCAGCCUCCAGGGUCAGUACUGGACCAUCCCACCGAGGACACCGGAACAGGACAACAGUCUGACUCUGUCCUAGAGUUCUCUCCAACCGCCAGAAAGGGAGGCAACCCUCCACUUAAGUGACCAG